AUGGAAAAUGCCGAUAUUGAGUUAGAAGGAAAAGAUAUCAUUGGGCAUACUGUCAAAUUUCUAGUUGAUUGUAAAGAAAAUGGAGAGAUUUUGGACAAUCAAGUUCCACCAUCAAUUUACAUUGUUCCUAGUGCGUUCCGAGAUCUCAGCCCAAGUUCUUUUAAUCCUAGGGUGGUCUCUAUUGGACCUCUUCACAAACAAGAUGAACAUUUGAAAGGAUUUGAAGUUCAAAAAAAGACUUAUUUACAUAAUUUAUUACAACGCUGUGUUCCAAAGCAAACUUUGCAAGAUGAACAUAGUGUUGCAAUUAAGCAAAUGCUGCAAGAAUGUGCAGAGAAGGUGACUCGUUCAAUACAAAGAAUCAAGGCCUCUUAUGGAGGAUUGACAACCUGUAGCGAUUUUGAGCUUGCUGAGAUGAUGGUAAUAGAUGGCUGUUUCAUACUUGAGUUCGGUGCGCGUCUUUUAGAGUUAUCAUCUAAGAGUAACAAGUUGAUUACUCAAUCGAUAAUGUUUGACUUGAUGCUGAUAGAAAACCAAAUCCCGUUUUUUGUUCUUGAAAACAUCUUUGAGUGUACUCUUUUGAAAUCCAUCCCACAUGCCUCUCUUACCACAUAUAUCCAAGAAAUUCUAAAAUAUUAUUCCUACAUCUUUGUAGGAAAUCUUGUAGUACCCAAUGUCACCCCAGAUUCCACUCAUGAUCAUCUUCUUGGCUUAUUACACAAAAAUUACCAGCCUUCGAAACCCAUACCAUCAAUGUUUUUACCAGAUCCAAAAGGGCACUCGGCCAUGGAUUUGUAUAGGGCAGGGAUAAACUUCAAGCCUAAUGAAGAUCAAGAUUGGGGACUGGCCAUGAAACUAGAAGUGCCCUCACCUUUGUUUUCAUGGAUUCCAAUUUUUAUGGCCAUUCCCCAAAUUCCAUGGCUCCAAUGGCCUACUCUGAAGAUGCCAAUAAUGCGUAUAAAUGAUUCGACUGAAUUGAUUUUAAGGAACCUCAUUAUAUAUGAGCAGUUUUCUAAUGUUGGGAAAUAUAUUACAUCAUAUGUCUGUGCCAUGGAUUUGCUAAUCGAUACUCCACAGGAUGUUGCCCGUUUGGUAAAAUCUAAAGUUCUUAUCAAUCAUUUAGGUUCGAAUGACCAUGCUGCAAAUAUGAUAAACAACAUUUGCAAAGAAGUUCUACUCUUAGAAUUUGUUUACCAUGAACAGUGGAAAGAUUUGGAUGCCUACUACAAUAGAUACUGGCCCUAUACUAUUUCAGGGUUGAGGCGUACGUACUUCAAGAAUCCCUGGAAUAUCAUUGCUCUAAUUGCUGCAUUCGUCCUGUUUGCUCUUACCGUGGUUCAGACCAUCUUUACUGUCAACCCCAAAUAA